CAGACGCUGCUGCUGGACAGCCACAAGCAUCUCGAGCCUGCUCCCUUCUCGGCAGGUCUCUCUCCUUGGCCUCUCCCGCUGAACCCCUGCUGGGUGUCAUGCCCAAGCUGCUGCACGCCCAGGGUCAGGCCCCUGUGGGCGAGCUCCAGGUGCACCUCCAGGAGAUGGACCAGUGACACCGUGGCACAGGUGCCCAGAGAGCAAGUGGGUAGCAGGGGUGGCUGCCCAGCCCUGUCCAGGCAUCAGGCACCCUGUCUGCCCAUCUGGUUUUCUGAGACUAGACUAACAGGCUCCCAGGACAAUCCUUUGCAAACGCCUGGCUCACUUGCAAGAGAAUCACCUUUCUUGGUGAAGAUGGAGCUGUCGCUAAGAACAGACUUCUGUGACCCUUUCAGCAGGCCCUGAAAGCGCCGAGGGAAGCCAUGGAUGCCUCCACUACAGCCCAGAAUGUUGGCAUGGAGAUCUACCUAGGUCCUGGGUGGCCAGCCCCUUCCAACGCCACCUCCGUGGCCCUCAACCUGUCCGUGCCGCCGCAGGGCGACAGCCCAGGGAACCUCACUGGGAACCUGUCUGAGCACCAGCAGUACGUGAUUGCCCUCUUCCUCUCCUGCCUCUACACCAUCUUCCUCUUCCCCAUCGGCUUCGUGGGCAACAUCCUCAUCCUGGUGGUGAACAUCAGCUUCCGGGAGAAGAUGGCCAUCCCAGACCUGUACUUCAUCAACCUGGCAGCCGCAGACCUCAUCCUGGUGGUGGACUCGCUCAUUGAGGUGUUCAACCUGGACGAGCAGUACUACGACAUCGCGGUGCUCUGCACCUUCAUGUCCCUCUUCCUGCAGAUCAACAUGUACAGCAGCGUCUUCUUCCUCACCUGGAUGAGCUUCGACCGCUACCUGGCGCUGGCCAGGGCCAUGCGCUGUGGCCUCCUCCGCACCAAGCACCACGCGCGCCUCAGCUGCGGCCUCAUCUGGAUGGCCUCGGUGUCCGCCACCCUGGUGCCCUUCACAGCCGUGCACCUGCGGCACACCGAGGAGGCCUGCUUCUGCUUUGCCGACGUCAGAGAGGUGCAGUGGCUGGAGGUCACCCUGGGCUUCAUCGUGCCCUUCGCCAUCAUUGGCCUCUGCUACUCCCUCAUCGUUCGGGCCCUGGUCCGGGCCCACCGGCACCGAGGCCUGCGCCCACGCCGGCAGAAAGCCCUGCGGAUGAUCUUUGCCGUGGUCCUCGUCUUCUUCAUCUGCUGGCUGCCGGAGAACAUCUUCAUCAGCGUGCACCUCCUGCAGUGGACGCAGCCAGGGGACACUCCCUGCAAGCAGUCCUUCCGCCACGCCUACCCCUUGACGGGCCACAUCGUCAACCUCGCGGCCUUCUCCAACAGCUGCCUGAACCCCCUCAUCUACAGCUUCCUGGGAGAGACCUUCAGGGACAAGCUGAGGCUGUACGUGGAGCAGAAGACAAGCCUGCCAGCUCUGAACCGCUUCUGCCACGCCACGCUCAAGGCCGUCAUUCCUGACAGCACGGAGCAGUCAGAGGUGAAGUUCAGCAGUGCUGUGUGAGGGGGACCUCCCAGACGGAGGAGGAACGGCCGGUGCUCAGGAGCUGCACACCUGGCCCAGGCGGUGGCUGACCCCCGUGGCUUGGGGAACGCCACAAUGCUGGGUCAUCUCUGGCUGCAGGGAUCCUUCCUGACUGUCCGGCUCAUGUUGAUGCCAUCCAGAUUCAGGGGCCCGAGGCAGCAGGUCACAUGACAUUGACCUCUGACCUCAAACGGCACCUUGAAGGCCUGCUGCCUGGUUGUCUCUCCAUAGCCUCUGUCCCCAGAAGACAACUCUGCUGUGAUGGGCAGCCAGAAGGAUAGGCCACCCAACGGGGCCACCAGUCACACUUCUGCUCCAGGCCUGCCACGUGGGUGGAAGAGGCUAGAGACUGGGUGUAUGACCCAGACCCAAACUGGCUACAUUUCCUUUGCUUGUGAUAUAUAACUGACCAUGCACAUGCUGUCCAGUGCAGCAAACCUUAAGACACCGGAGCCUUCUUCCUGUCUCCCAGAAGGCCUCGGGGUCACCCCAGACGCCACUCCUAACUCCUGAGUGGCCAGCAUAUCCGAGCUGAGAAAGGCCCUUUAACAAAACGCCUGGCUGCUCUGGGAUGUCCACCCCCCCCCCACACACACACAAUGCCUGUUUACAAAGGUGUCCGCCGGUGUGGAGGUGGAAGGCUGUGGGUGCUCUGUGUGGGUCAGUGGGUGCUGCAGUGAGUGUGGGGCUGAGGGACUCGCCUCCACAGAAAACAAAACUGGGAGCCGUGAGAUGCAAAUGGAUCUUAUUAAAAUGUAAAAAAGAAAGAAAGAAAAUCGGUGUUCAUGCAGUGUCUGUGAAUAAAGCGCAGUCUCUUGG